CGUGAGGUGUGGGCGUGGCAGUAGCAUGUAAACCGGAAGUGUUGUUCUAAGGAACGAAGCGUCAAUAACAUUCUCUGCACUCACGUUUUUCUGUGUGUGAAGGAUGUCUCGUGCCCGCCAGCCCCCUUUGGUGACUGGCAUCUCGCCCAAUGAGGGCACCCCAUGGACCAAAGUUACCAUUCGUGGGGAAAACCUGGGCACUGGACCUAAUGAUCUUAUUGGCUUGUCCAUCUGCGGUCAUAACUGUUUGCUGACGGCGGAAUGGAUGUCCGCCAGCAAGAUUGUGUGCCGGGUGGGUCCCGCUAAAGACGACAAGGGUGAGAUUGUGGUCACCACCAGGAGCGGAGGCAGAGGAACAUCCACGGUCUCCUUUAAACUGCUGAAGCCCGAGAGAAUUGGCAUUCUGGAUCAGUCUGCGGUCUGGGUUGAUGAGUUAAAUUACUAUGACAUGAGAACUGAUCGGAACAAAGGAAUCUCUCCUCUUUCGCUGAGGCCAGCCAACCCUUUGGGCAUCGAAAUAGACAAAGGUAAGGUUCCUCUAAAGGAUCUGGAGAACAUGUUUCCUGGCAUGAGCGGAGAUUUCACCAGCGAGAACUUCUCCGCCACCUGGUAUCUCAUCGAUAACCAUUCUUCAACCAGUUUUGAGCAGCUGCGUGUGGGUGUUGGCAAUCUGAAGAAACAGGCCAGCAAGAAGAAUGAGGGAAGUCUGGCCUAUGUGAAGGGAGGACUCAGUACUUUUUUUGAGGCUCAGGACGCCCUGGCAGCCAUCCAUCAGAAGCUUGAAUCAGACGGCACAGAGAAGGUGGAAGGUUCAAUGACCCAGCGGCUAGAAAACGUUCUUAACAGAGCGAGUGAAACGGCGGACACCCUGUUUCAGGAAGUGUUGGGCAGAAAGGACAAGGCUGACUCCACACGCAACGCUCUCAAUGUGCUGCAGAGAUUCAAAUUUCUGUUUAACCUGCCACUUAACAUCGAGCGUAAUAUCAAGAAGGGGGAUUAUGAUGUGGUGAUCAAUGAUUAUGAGAAAGCCAAAUCUCUGUUUGGGAACACAGAGGUUCCAGUCUUUAAGAAAGUGUAUUCAGAGGUGGAGACUCGGAUUGACGCACUGAGGAAACUGCUGCUGGAUAAACUACUAGAGACGCCAUCUACUCUACACGAUCAGAAACGCUAUAUCAGAUAUCUGUCUGAUCUGCAUGCACCAGGCGACCCUGCGUGGCAGUGUAUCGUCGCACAGCACAAGUGGAUCCUACAGUUGAUGCAAAACUGCAAAGAAGGUUUCAUCAAAGAGCAGAAAGUGGGUGGUGCAGGGUUCGAGUUGGAUCGCUCCCCAGCCCUGAACAGAAUCAGUUUAUCAGCUCCUGUAAAGAGAGGAGGAAGCUUCCAGACACCUAAAGAUGACUCCUGGCAUUAUAAGAGUCCUCAGCAGGUGAGGUUUGUUGAGAAGCUGUCAGAUGUGGUGAUCAGCCAGCUGCCCAACUUUUGGAAACUCUGGAUCUCUUAUGUCAACGGCAGUCUCUUUAGUGAGACAGGCGAAAAGUCCAGUCAGGUGGAGAAGUUAAAAAAGAAUGCACGGCAAAGACAGAAUGACUUUAAGGGCAUGAUCGAGGAAGUGACUCGCCGUUUGGUGCAUCUAGUUCGAGGAGCUCUGUUACCAUCUUCUCUUACUGAGCUGGAACUGAGGCAAUACGGAGGAUGGGACACUAAAACCCCGCUCAGCGGUGCCUGGCUCACACAGGCCAUUCACACGACCAGGUUAAGUCAUGAGGCUUUGUCUGCUCUGGAGAUUCCCAAUGACCUUCUGCAGGUGAUCCAGGAUUUACUGCUGGACCUUCGCGUGCACUGCUUGCUUACCACACUGCAGCAAACUGAAGAUGAUGUGAAGAGACUUGCAGAAAAAGAGGACUGGGUUGUGGACAACGAAGGGGUCACAUCACUGCCAGCUCAGUUUGAGCAAUGCAUGGUUCAGAUGUUGCAGUCUCUUAAAGAACCCAUGGAGUGCAAACCUGGAGAGAUCAAUAUUUUUAAUCUGGAUGUGGUCCAGGACAAAGCUUGCGAGCAGUGUGUUUGUAUCAUGAAGGUUUUUAUAAAGUGUCUGGAGCAGCUCAGCACCAAGACAGAUGGAGACAUUGACACCUCACAUGGUUCAGUGGACUUGGCUUCACCUGAUAUUUUUGGAAAAAUCAAUGAAGACUUCAGUUCAAAACCAGAGCAGCGUCUUCUCAUCAUCCUCAGUAACUGCCAAUAUCUGGAGAGACACACGUUUCUCAACCUGGCCGAGCACCUGGAGAAGAACAACUUCACCAGUGCUGAGAAGAUCAUCAGGGUGAGCAUAGAGGCUGUGAGACAGCUAGAUGACCAUCUGUUCGAGACGUACAUAGAGAAAAAAUCUGAUCCUAUCGUCGGCUCCCUGGAGCCCGGCAUCUACGCCGGCUACUUUGAUUGGAAGGACUGCCUGCCGCCGACAGGUGUGAGGAGUUAUUUAAAGGAAGCUUUGGUCAACAUAAUCUCUGUGCAUGCAGAGGUUUUCACAGUUUCCAAGGAGUUGGUUCCUCGUGUUUUGUCAAAGAUCAUUGAGGCUGUAGCUGAAGAAAUGAGUCGCCUGAUGCAGUGUGUGUCUUCCUUCAGUAAAAAUGGUGCUCUGCAGGCACGCCUAGAAAUCUGUGCACUGAGAGAUGCUGUAGAGCCGUAUCUAACAUCAGAGAGUCGCAUCAGUUUUAAACAGGCAAUAGAAGCACUACCACAGCUUCAGAGUGGAGCCGAUAAGAAACUCUUGGAGGAGCUGCUGAAUAAAUUUAAGAGCAGUAUGAAGCUACAGCUUAAUUGCUUCAUGCCUGCCUGUUUUCAGCCUGUGAAGAGAUGAACCAUCAUAAAACCCAUUCAACAUUUCAACAAUGCCACUACACUAAGCCAUCAUUUCAGUUAAGUAAAUAAAUCAGUGCCACCUGUAUAGGCUUUGUCUACCUGCUGAAUUACACCUGUUUGUUUUUGUCUGUGUGCAGAGAAUGAAUGUGCCAAGCUGUUUACACAUGUUAUUGAUAAUUGACACACAUUAUUACACAAUAUUGUAAGUGUAAAACAAUUACCGUCUCUUGUUUUACGUCACUUUAUUGCAUAUUAAAAUCCUAAGUGCACAGA